GCUGACAGCGGCCACCACCGCGUAACACUUCCGUGCUUGUUUCCAGGGAGUUAGUGAGGAAGGGAACCGACUUGGUGGUCUCGGGUGUGCUGGAGCCUCGGCAGUGCUUUAAGCAGCUUCCAUUGUUAUCUGCAGCUUUCCGUCUUUUUUUUCUCUCUUUUUUUUUCCUGCGGAGUGUUUGGCGCGUUGCGGCUAGGCAACAAUGGCAGGUGAAGACUGUGUAAGAAAACGCCAGUCUGGCUCCAAUACAACCUGCAAGACCCCUGAGAAUGAAGAAACACAGAGGAGACCUGAGACUGAGAGAUCAUUUCAAAGCUCAAGCAAUGGCCGGGUUGAUGUUGACCAUGUGAUAACAAGGAAAAUGCAGCUAAUAGCAGAAGCUGAGCAAUUGAAGCCAGCUUUCAUGAAGGAAGUGGACAGUCACUUCACAGAGUUUGUGAACAGUUUAGUGGCUAAAUCAGCACUCCUGGACUCCUCAUCUUCAGCCUCCCUCUUCCCAGCUUCCUGUGCAGAGAAGGAACUGCACAAAGCCAAGACCUUGAGGGCUCCUCCAGAACAUGGGAAGAUCUUUACUGCCCGCAGGUCCCUCUUGGAUGAGCUGUUUGAAGUGAGUCACAUCAGGACGAUCUACCACAUGUUCAUCGCUCUUCUCAUUGUCUUCAUCCUCAGCACACUUUUAGUAGACUUCAUUGAUGAAGGAAGGCUGGUCCUGGGAUUUGAUCUCUUGGUCUUUGUUUUUGGAAAGUUCCCGGUUGUCUUCUGUACUUGGCUGUGCAUGUUCUGUGCCACAGUUAUCAUUCCCUACAACCUUUUUGUCUGGUGGGCCCAAGGCUAUUGCAGUUCUUCUCAUCGCGUAAUCCACACUCUCUUCUAUGGGAUGUUGUUCACACUGUUCCAAACAGCUGGGCUUGGAUUUGGACCAACCUAUGUUGCUGUAUCAUAUGCCCUGCCCCCGGCUUCCCGUUUUAUUGUAAUACUGGAACAGGUUCGUCUUGUUAUGAAGGCUUAUUCCUUCAUCCGGGAGAACGUACCCAGAGUCCUGUCCUCUGUAAAGGACAAGUCCAGCACAGUACCUAUUCCCAGAAUUUCUCAGUACCUGUACUUCCUCUUUGCUCCCACCCUCAUCUACAGAGACAACUAUCCCAGGAAUCCCAUGAUAAGAUGGGGCUAUGUGGCUACCAAAUUUGCACAGGUGCUUGGUUCACUUUUCUAUGCCUACUACAUUUUCGUGAGACUCUGCAUUCCUCUGUUUCACAACAGCAGUCAAGAAACCUUCAAUCUUCGAGGGCUGGUCCUCUGCAUCUUCAACUCCAUUCUGCCAGGUGUACUGAUUCUAUUCCUGGUUUUCUUUGCGUUCCUUCACUGUUGGCUCAACGCAUUUGCUGAGAUGCUGCGCUUUGCAGACAGGAUGUUCUACAAGGACUGGUGGAAUUCCACUUCCUAUGCAAACUACUACCGAACCUGGAAUGUGGUAGUACACGACUGGCUUUAUUACUAUGCCUACAGGGACUUCCUUUGGUUUUUUGGUAAGAAGUUCAAAGCAGCAGCUAUGCUGUCUGUCUUUGCAGUAUCAGCUGCUGUGCAUGAAUAUGUUCUGAGCGUCUGCUUUGGCUACUUCUAUCCGGUUCUCUUCUGCCUGUUUAUGUGCUUUGGAAUGGUCUUCAACUUCAUCCUUAAUGACAGUCGGAAAGGGCCCAUCUGGAAUGUGAUCAUGUGGACUUCCCUCUUCCUGGGCCAAGGUGUCAUCAUUUGCCUCUAUAGCCAGGAGUGGUAUGCCCGCCAGUAUUGUCCUAUGGAAAAUCUUACGUUCCUGGACUACUUAAAACCACGCUCAUGGUCAUGUCAUAUGAAGAUGUGAAAAUGGUACAUUCUGGCCCUGUCCUCGCAGAAAAUCAGAGCUGUCCUCCAAGUAUUUGGACCAAUGACCUAGCUUGCUAUGGACUUUUUCUAAGGGAAGUUGUGCCUCCUGGUUAUUGGGGAGAAACUGUAAUUUUUUUAAACAUUACUGAGGCAAACCAGUUGACCUGGAUUGCAACAGGCUUCAUAGGCAGCAUCUACCAGGUGCUGUCCCACUUUGAGCCAUUUCCAUGCUGGCAAAACAUUGAGCUGAAGGUGGAGUCUACUGGAAUCCUACUCAUCCAGGGGUUCCCCCAAGUUGCUGCUCUUCUGGAUGAUAGAUAGGCUAGUCAGAUUUGCUAUUAGCUCGUUGCUGGCAUCCGUCCAUCUUCCUUAGCCAUCCCUUUGCAGCGUUUUUUCUCCCUUUCGGUAAUGGGAUGUCUGCAAAACUUCUGUUCUUUGUGAUCCUGGCUGCUGCUAUGAUGUGGACAAGCAGCGGAGCACCAGGAUAUCUGCCUCCUUGCUCUGAAGAUAGCCAAAGUAUUCCUGGAUGGCUCUGAACCGCAUUCUGUGGAUGUUGGCUGCCUGCAGAUUUAAAAUGGGCAGAGGAAGAGGGGAUUGUCGGUUUACUUGUGGCUGCAUUGAAGAAUCGGGUUCAAACGCAGGGCAGUGUUUGCAGUCUUUAUAUGUCUUUUUAGACUGAAAAUUUAUGUUUCCUCUGUAUUCAUUUAGUUUAGCUGACUUACAGCAUUUUUGUUCUUUGAAGGCCCUCGCGACUUGAGGAAUAGUUUUUCUUCUAGCUCUUCCUUUCUCUUGCUCCAGAUAAUCAAUUCUUUUAACACAAUUAACUUGUAAAAGAGCUUUUGCUGUAAUUUGGCAGGCGCUUUAAGGUAUACAAGUUAAGGCUUUCUUUAGUGAGGGAAAAUUUGAAAUACUAUGACCCAACUGUAAGAAAACACAAGCAACUUUACAGGUAUGUAGCGCGUUCCCAUUUGAAACGGCUUGUCCAUUUCAGUACGCCAGCGCGCCUUGGUGCCGCUUGCCAACGUGUGCUGCAGCAGCUUCUGCCGUGGCGGUGGGUGGUGAGGGCUGGCCAGCAUCUGGAGUUGGAGCUGCUUUUCCAUCUGCCUGUGCCUGCUCUUCCGUCAGUGGGGGCUUCGGGGGAAGGUCGGUUUCCUGGGUGUUGCCCCCUCCUUUCUGAAGAGGUACGACGUCCUCCCAUGCCCAGUGAUAAAGGCAGAAGCGUUACGUGAAUCUGGUGUUCCAACAUCUACCAUUUGGGCAGAGCCCCGUCGGUUUCCUUGUUCUGUCAGAUGCUAAGCACAAAAGUGAAUUUCCAUGGUAGCUGGGUACAUCUCUCUCCAGUUUUACUGGAACUGCACCUCCUGGUACUGGGGAGAGAGAGAAACCUGGUGGAGGUACCUUAACUUUGGUCACAGGGAUUUCUGAGUUACUGAAACGUUCUUCAUUGGCACUUUCUGGUAACAGCUUUUCCUUGCUGACCUGCAGGCUGGGUAUUUGAUACCAGCAGUGUUGGGACUGUCUAUUGACUUGUCUCCCAACCCACUUAAGGUGACUUUUGAGCUUUUGUUUUUACUAACCUGAGUGAAAAGUAAUUUCAGGAAAGGUAGGUGAUACGGAAACUCUUGCAGGCUUUCAGUUUUCUGUAGGAAGGAAUCCCGCCCCUCAGAAAGGACAUUGUGUCAGGUCAGAUUUGCCAAAGCCAGUGUUUGCGUGUGUGGCUCUCCUCUUAACAGACCUGCUAUUGGAACUUGUCUGCUGAAGCAGUUGGGGUAACUGCAGCGGAAGGGGCUCACGUAUGUACUCAAACGCGGCAGUGUUCGUGUAUAAAAUCCUGAGAAUAGAUUACCUUAUCCUCAUUCAGUUUGAUUUAAUCCUAAAUCUUUAGCCAUACCUUUUGUAGGAGGAAGGGACAGUAGUGCUGGAGCGACUAAGCUUCCUUUUUGAAGAAAAACAAACAAAACCUCCCACCCUUUGGCCAAACAGCUUUGUCACCUCCUUAGUGUAGGAUGCAAUUCAGCCCAGUACUUCUCGGUUGUGGUGCUCAAAACUUACGUACGGAUGUAACUGCACUCAAAUAGGGUAUGAUGGGUUAGGGACCGGCUUUGUCACUUCAGUGCCUGUGUUGGGUCUUGCCACUGUCUCAGUGUUCUCAAAAGGAGAUUAAAAAACAAAGGAGCUAAAAUCAUGGUGCUUCGUGCCAAGUUUUGGUGUUCCCCUCGCAGCUGGCGCUGGCCUAUUCCUAAUAAAGGGUAUCUGUGUUUACUGUG